CCUUGCGGCAGCGAAAUACUUCCUUCAUAAUUCCAUUGCUUUCUCCUUCAUCGUGGAAUUAUCGCCCCUUUUCACUCCCUUUCCCCUCCUUUUGUCCCUGUUCUCCCGUCGUCUUCCUUCUUCUGAUCGCCGUCGUGCUGCGUUGGGGGAAAUAUAGAAAAGGGGGGUUUUCUUCUUUUUGGGGUUUUUUUUUCUUCUUCCUUCUCUAUUUGGGGGUUGGGGAUGCAUAUUUGAUGAUUAUGGGUUAUCAAAUCUCGGACGAAUUGCUGGGUACGUUUGUUCCGAUUGUGGUGUAUUGGGGUUAUUCAGGGAUAUAUUGCCUCUUGGAAUGGCUCGAGGAUUAUAGGUUGCACUCGAAGCAGGACGAGGACGAGAAGAAUUUGGUCUCCAAAUGGACUGUCGUCAAAGGCGUCCUCUGUCAGCAAACUGUUCAAGCACUUGUUGCUACCCUCUUGUUUGCGGUGAUGGGAAGCGAUGAUGAAGCAGCCGGAUCCGGCCAGCGUCAUUCUCUAACAGUAUUGGCUGUGCAGUUCAUCACAGCAAUGGUGAUCCUAGACACUUGGCAGUAUUUCAUGCACAGGUUCAUGCAUCAAAACAAGUUCCUCUACAAACACAUCCAUUCGCAGCACCACCGUCUAGUAGUUCCAUACGCUUAUGGAGCUCUGUACAAUCACCCGGUGGAGGGUCUGCUACUCGACACCGUUGGUGGGGCCCUGUCAUUCUUGCUCUCCGGCAUGUCCCCCCGAGCCUCCAUUUUCUUCUUCUCGUUUGCCACCAUCAAAACGGUGGACGACCACUGUGGGUUGUGGCUACCUGGGAACCCCUUCCACUUGUUCUUCAAAAACAACACUGCUUAUCAUGACAUCCACCAUCAACUGUAUGGAAGCAAGUACAACUUCUCUCAGCCGUUCUUUGUAACGUGGGACAGAAUUCUGGGAACCUAUAUGCCGUAUUCGCUUGAAAAGAGACGAGGUGGGGGAUUUGAAGCGCGGCCUGCUAAAGAGUUCAAGGAUGAUUGAACUUGAAUCCUUAGGGGGGAAGAAGGCAUUGUUGUUACUAGGAUGUACCACCACUAAUUGUGUUUUUGCUUUUUUCUUAAAUCUCAAUGAUAUUUGUUGUGCUUUAUUUGCUAUGGGUAUUCAUGAGUUUAAAAAUAUCUCUAGAGAGGAGAAGAGAGACGUAUCUCCAUGUAAAGUUCAAUGCAUCUUUUCCAUGGUUCAACAUGAUCUGGGACUGUGACACUGUUAUUUUAUGCAGCUUCCUGUUGAAUCUUUUGGUGACUGGAAACUGACUGUCGCUGCCUUUGCUUUUGAUAAAUGUUAAUUAAUGACUAUCUAGUUCAGGAG